GAAUGAUGUCAGCAGCUUCCACACCUUCAUCAGCCGUUCAGGGUUCAUAGGCUGUUCCCAGCUUCAUUUGGCAAGUUUACCACCUGCCGCUCUAGCAGACAAAAGAGUGAGGGAUGUUGAUCCAGGAGGAGAAGACUACCCUCGAAUGGCUUCCAUCGCAGAUUGUUAAGCUGUUGGAGUUCCCCCGGUUCCUGGUUACCCCCUCUCCUGGCAAAAAUGACAGUGUUUCAGCCUCUGCCGCCUCAGACAUGAGCUCUUCAGAGCAUUCUUCAAAUCAACUGCCUCUAAUCCUGACCAAUGCUUACCACGUUAUGGAGGGCUGGAAUGAUUUGGCCCAAACACCUGCUGGUGUUACCUCCUUGAGGACUGGACUGCUGCACAACGCUAACAACAAUGCUUCCUCAGGGCCUUGGCGAGGCCUGAAGAGUCCUUCCCUUUCUUCUGCUGCCUCCCAUUCCAAACUCAGCUAUCUGGAGCGUGUGGUGUUGGAGAUUGUGGAGUCAGAACGCAUGUACGUGCAGGAUUUGCGAAGUAUUGUAGAGAAUUACUUGGGGAACAUCAUAGACACUCAAGAGCUGCUGCUGCGACCAGAACAAGUCAGUGCGCUCUUUGGGAAUAUUGAGGAUAUCUAUGAGCUGAACAGUGAGCUCUUGCAGGAUCUGGACAACUGCCACAAAGACCCUGUUGCCGUGGCAAGAUGUUUUGUGGACAGGAGCCAGGAUUUUGAUAUCUACACUCAAUAUUGCAAUAACUACCCCAACUCUGUGGCAGCUCUGACUGAAUGCAUGAGGAACAAGCAGCUGGCCAAGUUCUUUCGUGAGCGACAAGAACAAAUCCGUCACUCAUUGCCCCUUGGGUCCUACCUUCUCAAGCCUGUUCAGCGCAUUCUCAAAUAUCACUUGCUCCUUCAGGAGAUAGCAAAGCACUUUGACAUAGAAGAGGAUGGCUAUGAAGUGGUGGAAGAGGCCAUUGACACCAUGACCUGUGUGGCUUGGUACAUCAAUGACAUGAAACGGAAGCAUGAGCAUGCUGUGCGGCUGCAGGAGAUUCAGUCAUUGCUUAUUAACUGGAAGGGCCCAGACCUGACCACUUAUGGAGAGCUUGUCCUGGAGGGCACCUUCCGUGUCCAUCGGGUCAGGAAUGAGAGAACUUUCUUCUUGUUUGACAAAAUCUUGCUGAUAACAAAGAAGCGGGGAGAUCAUUAUGUGUACAAAAGCCUCAUUCCAUGCUCCUCCCUGAUGCUGAUUGAGAGCACCCGAGACUCUCUGUGCUUCACUGUCGCCCAUUACAAGCACAGCAAGCAGCAGCACAACAUCCAGGCCAAAUCAGGGGAGGAGAAGCGAGUUUGGACUCACCACAUCAAGCGCUUGAUCCUGGAAAAUCACCAUGCCAUCAUUCCUCAGAAAGCCAAAGAAGCCAUCUUGGAAAUGGACUCGUACUAUCCUCCACAUUACAAAUACAGUCCAGAGCGGCUGAAGAAGUCUUGGUCAUACCAGCCUACAGAAGACAUUCCUCAACAUGGCCGGCAGGGGCGCCGGCAGUCAGAACCUUUCCGUGGCAAAAACACUGCUAAGAGGCUCCUAGAUGGACUUGGGCGUAAAGGCCGCAGGAAAUCUGAGCCAACAAAACAGAUCCUCAAGCAACUGAGCAAUAGAGGACUCAAGCAUGCAGAUAGUGACGGAGCCCUUUUGGAGUUUGGGGAACCUUCACAGACCCCCAACAGCUUACCCCAGCACCAGCAGGUGGAGGAGGAGGAGGAGAAGGACCACCAGGCCCUUCCCCGGGAAUCUCUGGAAGAGUUGGCUGGAAGUGAUGGCAGCAAGAAAGAGAUGGGGGCGGAGGAAGACGACGAAGCAGAGGAGGAGGAGAGGCUGGCUAAGACACAAGAAGGGUCCAAACAAUGUCAGUCUCCAGGCAGCAGUAGUGAGAAAAACAGGAUCGUGGAUAGUGUGUCAUCUGUCCCAAAGGCUCGAUCAGCCUUGGAGCUCAGCAGGGUCUUAGAACCUUCUUCCCUUAAGGAAGAGUGCCUGGAAGAGAGUCCUUCAGAUCCUGAGUCAACGGGCAAUCUGGAGCCGAUCCUGGCAGACCAGCAGGGGUCCCUGAGCCGAUGUGAAGAUGGUCUGGAGCCCACUGAAAAUGCAGAAGAACUGAAGCCACUUAGCAGUGAGGAGGAAGAGGAGGAGGAAGAGGAUGGAUGUGUGCCCCAGGCCAGAAGCAUCCUCCCCUUCUCUGUGCUGGCUCAGGCCAGUAUCAUUGCGGAGCGCUUUGCAAGCAGCCUCUCUCGCCGCAGCAGCCUGGCACUUGACGAGGGGAAGGGCUGCCUGACACCCAAGCAGGCCAGCCGCAGCAGCAGUGUGCUGAGCCUGGAUGGCAGCGAGAAGGCCGCGUGUUGCAAAAACAGCACCACCGACUCCCAGGCCUGCAGCCUGCUGCAAGAGCCCCCAGCUGAGCCUAGCAGCGCCCCCACUGCGGAGGCCUGGCCCGGCCUGGUUGAGACUGACUGCACGUCAUGCAGACGGAAGGAGUCCAUGCUGUCCCAGCAGGACCGACUGCUGUUGGACAAGAUCAAGAACUACUAUGAUUAUGCUGAGCAUCAAGAUGCUGGCUUCAGUGUUAGGCGGCGAGAAAGCCUCUCCUACAUCCCCAAAGGGCUGGUGAGGAAUUCUGUCUUCAGGAUCAACAGCCUUCCCCAGCCAGAGCCUGAGCAGGAAGUUCUGAAGAGGAAGAGGCUGGGCCCCUCUGUCAGCAGCGGGGCUGGUCGGAUGGCAGCCUGGGUGCUGUCAAAUAGGCCUGCGAGUGGGUUACAGGCCUCCCGUUCUGAAGCAGCCUCUGAUGAAAACCCUGUGCCCAUCACUGAAGCAGAAUUCAGGCCCCCAACCGAGAUGAUUAAAAUCUGGGAGGAGAUGGAAAAAUCAAGCGGAGAGCGCUGGAGUAGAAGAGUUGAAGGUGGCCACAGGACAGGCGCAGCAAAUAGGCAGGCGACUGGGGGCUCCUCUCCACGGCAUGCUGAGCCAUCUUUGAAAGACAGGCUCAGGAGCCAGGAGAAUGGCUUUCACCUUCACGAGCCACUUCUCAUCCUGGAGGAUGAGGAUCUUGGAGCCAUAACAGAGGAGUCAGCUGUGCCCUCCCCUGAGAGCAAGUCUCCUAUGGAGCAGGCCAUGCCCUCUAGGCCAGCCAGGAAACUGGCGCAAGAGCUAGGGGGCUAUGAGCAAGAUCGAUACCUCCCUCGGUUGCACCCACGUAUAAUGCAGCUGGCCCACCUGACGGAUGCAGAGAAGGCGAAGAACAAGGUCUACCAGCUGGCUCGUCAGUACAGCCUUCGAAUGAAGGGCCACAAGCCCACAGCACGUAGGCAGCUUGCUGAAGUGGAGGAGGAGAUGAAGGGCAAUACCUUGACUGGCCAACAGGAGGCAGAUCAGAAAUGCAAGGGCAAACGGAAGCCAGCCUUGACCCUCCUCAAUUAUGAACAAGUUGUGCUGCAGGAGGCCGGCCCGCUGACCCUCCCCUCUUCCUCGUCGUCGUCUCAGGAGAAGUCACCCAAGCGCUUCUCUUUCAGCCCCUGCUCCAGCAGCCCCCGGCUUGCCUCCCCCACCAGCACUCUAUCACACAGCCCCCUCAGCCCCAUUGUAGCUGAGAAGUUCACCUGGCCUGAUGUGCAGGAGCUGAGGUCCAAGUAUUCCUGUCCAGCAGGAGCUCAGAAGUGCAGGCCCCCACCUGUCAACAGGAGCCGCUCAGCACCUGAAAAAAUGGUGGAUACUGCUGGUUGGGUGCCAGAGGAGCGCCAGUGCUCAAAGAGGACUGUGAAAGCAGGGAAGAAAUCCCAGCAAGGGGGGAUACCGUGCUGCAGAGGGAAGGCUCCCCUUGACUCCAAUCCCAAGAACCACGCCUGUGAUGCUUACAAGGAAUUAGGUGUCACGGCUGAGGCCUUUCUGGAGAACAGUCAGCACGUGAUUAUUAUGGAGAAGGAUGUGGCUGGCGAUCCAGAUGAGAACUACGUGCAGAUCCACUCCCCCACAUCCCGGGAGAAGAUCUCUCUUAAGGCUGUGGUGGAGUGGUGCAAGGCCUACCAGGACUCGGAAGAAUACCGCAGGCGUGAGGAGGAGGAGGAGAUCAUUCAGGAAGCAGCUCCCCACAAAGCACUUCAGCAGGUCUGGCAGGAGAAAACAGACAGCGGCCAACAAAGCCUUGUAAAGAACCUGAGGGAAAAAUUCCAGACCCUUAAUUCCAAGAGUUGAAUACCUGUGUCUGUUGCUCCCCUGCCAGUUCUGGAGUGAGCCUUUGAAGAGGAGCCUGCUCAUCCUCUUCCAUUUCUUGAGGGGAUAAAGAACCUCUGGGAUAGAUUGGCAUUUGGCUCAUUGGCUCCAUCUUCUGUGGACAGCUGCCUUGACCCUCUGGGAAUGCUGCCUCUUUCUAGGAGCUCCCUACUUGGUGGGUGUGCAUUCUGAGCCAGGUUGUUCCUCUCCUUAAAUAUCCCUAGUAUCCCCUUUGCUGCUGGUACCUCAUUGGACAGUGCAUCUCCUGGAAGCGCCAAGGAGCUUCCCAUUGGAGGAGACAUGGCACAAAUCAGAUACCCCUUUGCAGCUGCUCAUAUGGCCUGCUAAGAAAAGGUUUGUUCCUUUCCUUCGGGGUCAAGUUCCUGCUUUGUCAAGCCUGAGCCUUCUGUUGCUCAGUCUCAUAGGAGAAUAACUUAUUGUUUCAAAUUCUGUCUCUUUUUUUUAAAGCAUGUAAUUUUACUGUGGUUGAUUGGUUCCAGGACUCCCAGUUUGAGAUUAUAUAAUCUUAAUACUAUCUGUGUACACGUUUCAAUCUGUAUGCAUUGUGCAAUAACCACUUUUGACCAGAAAAUGUGGCUUUGGUUUCUUCACUUGAGGUUGAGGGUAGGGGAAUGGAAAAGGUGGCAAUUUGUGGUUUUGUACUGCAAAAUAAGACUAUUAAGCAUUUUGGGAGUCUCAGAGCUCUCCAAGUUCGUCUAGUACUGGUGUGGCUCUGAUCCACUACAGUGCUGGGAGGUUUCAGAUCUUACGACUCCUGAAGGACUUGCAUAUCCCUAACUCAGCUUCCUCACUUAGUUUGUGCUUUGGUGGAAGAUGCGUUCUAUUCACUGGUCAGACUGGAAAGAUAACUGCCCUCCUGUCUCUUGGACCUUUUUAGAUUGAAUGUUUGUAAAAUGGGUCACUUUGUCUGAGGAAGGAUGUGGAGAGCUAUGAGAAACGGGAACAAAUUGUGGGGAUACCUCAGCUACCUACACUCAUUACCAGAUGCUGGGCUGAGAGAAGGGCAGUGACAGGAGAGAUGGAAGGCGCACAGAUUCUGGGUGGAGGGGCGGAAUUUGGAGGGUGUCUGUGAGGUUUUCAUCACCGGGGGGGGGGGAGCAUUUGAGGUUAUUUCUUCGCCAAGAAGCAGUGACCAUCUUCCUUGUUGUGAAUGUGAAACAUGACAAAACCAACAAAUGUAGAGGGCUGCACCUUUAUGCUAUUUCUCUCCCCGCCUGCCAAAGGCCUUAGGCAUAAUCUUUGGACAUAUUCAAGGUUACUUUUGCAUUAAAGACUAUUCUGUAGAAG